AAAAUCCAAUUAAGGAAACAAAAAACAAAAGAGCACCAAAAGAUAUUUCUUAUUGUAUAUCCAGCGACGAAGAAGAUAAAACUUUGAGCUCACCUCUCUGUUCAAAACCCAGCAAAAACCCAGAAAAAAUAAAAAAAUUCGAACCUCUUUGUUUUUCAUUUUUCAUUUUUUAAUAAGUAACUUGCUUGGAGGUUUUUGAUUGAAUGGGAACUCUCACGAGCUGUAGUUUUAGCGCGGUGAAUUUCCGCUCCCGUUCCUGUUCAAUCUUCCGCGAAAGAGUUCGCGUCGAGGUUUUCGAGUCGAGGAAAGUGAAGAGGAAAAAUUUGUGUCUUUUAUUUACAGGAAUAAUUUCCAAGGAAGUUUCACGGGAAAAGUUUUUCAAAAUCAGGUGUUUUAGCGCCGGCAAUAAUGAUGACGGUGAUUACACGAAUAAUGAUGGAGACAUUAAGGAGAAUAAUACUUCUUCAUCCAAAGAAUCCAUCGUCACGACGGCGUCGCCGCCCGGAGAAACAGCACAGGAGGAGAGGAGCAUCGGCAAUGACCCGCCUCCGUCUGUUUCCUCAAGGCCACCAAAUAUAGCUCCUCUUGGAUCAGCCUACAAUGAUUUCCAAAUUGAUUCUUUUAAAUUGAUGGAGCUUCUUGGACCUGAGAAAGUUGACCCUUCUGAUGUAAAGCUGAUUAAGGACAAGCUUUUUGGCUAUUCGACAUUUUGGGUAACUAAAGAAGAGUCAUUUGGAGACCUUGGUGAGGGCGUCCUUUUUCUGGGAAAUUUAAGAGGAAAAAGAGAAGAUGUGUUUACCAAACUCCAGACUCAGUUGGCUGAGAUUAUGGGUGAUAAAUACAAUCUUUACAUGGUUGAGGAGCCUGAUUCAGAAGCUCCAGACCCACGUGGUGGGCCACGUGUUAGCUUUGGUUUGUUGAGGAAAGAGGUUUCUGAACCUGGGCCAACUACCCUUUGGCAAUAUGUGAUAGCUCUUUUGCUGUUCCUCCUGACUAUAGGUUCCAGUGUGGAGUUAGGUUUUGCAUCUCAGAUAAACCGACUUCCUCCAGAGAUUGUGAAAUACUUUACAGAUCCAAAUGCUGUUGAACCACCAGAUAUGGAGCUACUAUACCCAUUUGUGGAGUCAGCAUUGCCCCUAGCAUAUGGUGUUUUGGGGGUUCUUUUAUUUCAUGAAGUGGGGCACUUUCUGGCUGCUUUUCCAAAGAAAGUAAAACUAAGCAUUCCUUUCUUCAUUCCAAACAUUACUCUUGGAAGUUUCGGAGCAAUUACUCAGUUCAAAUCUAUUCUUCCUGAUCGGAGUACAAAAGUUGAUAUUUCCCUUGCGGGCCCAUUUGCUGGUGCUGCAUUGUCCUUUUCCAUGUUUGCUGUUGGUCUGCUGCUUUCAUCAAAUCCAGAUGCUGCUGGGGACUUGGUGCAGGUUCCUAGCAUGCUGUUUCAGGGUUCGUUGCUUCUUGGGCUCAUCAGUAGGGUGACUCUUGGUUAUGCGGCAAUGCAUGCUGCAACAGUAUCAAUUCAUCCUCUUGUGAUUGCAGGAUGGUGUGGCUUAACCACAACAGCUUUUAAUAUGCUUCCUGUGGGAUGUCUUGAUGGUGGAAGGGCUGUGCAGGGUGCUUUCGGAAAGGGUGCAGUGGUUGGGUUUGGUCUGACAACUUACACACUGCUUGGAUUAGGAGUGAUUGGAGGGCCUUUAUCACUUCCUUGGGGGCUCUAUGUGCUGAUAUGUCAGAGGACUCCAGAAAAAUCCUGCUUAAAUGAUGUAACUGAGGUUGGAAUGUGGAGGAAAACGGCAGUUACAGUAGCUAUUUUCCUUGUUGCGUUGACGCUGCUUCCUGUAUGGGAUGAGCUAGCUGAAGAGCUAGGAUCGUUCAUAAUCAUAAGCAACAAUGCAAAUUCAAUAGCAAGUUUUUGAAGGAAAAGAAAAUUGAGGCUGAAACAACAAAUUCUAUUGUAACCAUUUUCCUUAUUUAAAGCGGCAAAUAUUGGGUAACAUUGCUGGAAAUGGGAUUGCCACGUUUGGUAGGCAACAUUUAACAUCGCAGGGAAUGUUGCCUUACCAAGGGAAAGUAACUUCCCCAUUAAAAUGGAAAGGUAGUUGCCCUUUUACCCGACCCUUCUUCUCACCGCCCUCGGAAGCUCUAGCUGCUGUAGCUUAUUGCUGCCUCUUCUCAUCGGUUAAAUCUCACCAGAUUCUCGCCAUCUUCUUCUUCUUAUGCAUUACACAGUUUUUGUACUAAUUGUUAUUCAAUAAAUCUUUCUUUCUUGAUUCUGAAACUCAAAUCAAUUUGUAAUUAGACAGGAAUUGGGUUUAGGGUUUCACAUUUGUUCUUGUAGCUUUUCGCUGUUGAUAUUUAAAAUUGAGUGGUCAAAAAU